UACUCGCACAUCACCAUGUCUCUCGAUCCGCCGGCAUACAUUCUGUCGCUCCAGAACAACAUCCGGGCGCGACCAAUCUCGUGGGAAGGAGCUGUCCGGGCAAAGACAAUCACCGACCAGGACCUCAAGAAGAUCAAGUCGAUAGAUAAAGUCCGCAAGGAGCAGCGCAGACAGACGGUCGAGUCGGAUCCCGCCAGCUAUGCUGCUCUCGUCCUGGGCUCCGACGACAGCCCCAGCAUUUUCCAGUCUGCCGCCAAGCGCUCCGACAUUGUCCAGUACAUGCUUGUCUUGACAGGCGACCUUAUCGAGGGUAUGGACAAGUGUCAGCUGCUCUGCGAUNACAUCCCAUCCUUCGUAGCCAAGCUUCUCGAACACGCCGACCCUUACGCUCCCUUUGUGCCGCUGCUCAAGCAGACAGCCAACCCCGAAGACCCCAUUCCUCUACUUGCAUCAUGCGUCUUGUCAAGUCUCAUCUCCCACGGCCUCAUGACUAGUGGUCCCCAGGCCGAACAAAUUGAUAAGGCUCUUCCCAAGCUCUACUCGUACAUUUCAACUCUCGCAAGAAGAUCCGACAGCAACCUUCAAGACAUUGCCGUCCAGGAGUACUCGGCCUUGUUGCGCACAGCAAAAUCACGCCAGCUGUUCUGGGAGCAAAGAAACGACACAGUCACUCCUCUGUUCAACAUCUUGACAAACGCUACUGGAGGCGGUGUAAGAGACACUGAGUCGACCCUGAUCAGUGGUGGAAGCAUUCGCAGCAUCGCCGACUCUCAGAUCAUCAACAACGUCGGUCUGCAACUGCUAUACCACGUCCUGCUUGUCAUCUGGCAGUUGAGCUUUGAGGGCAAGCUGGUCGGUCGUGGUCUCGAUGAGGAGCACGACAUUAUUGUUCUUUACGCCGCCCUUCUCCGCAUCUCGCCCAAGGAAAAGACCACCAGACUCCUCCUCGCUACCCUUACAAACCUUCUUUCGACCAACCGCGAUACCCUCAUGCCUGCCGUUAUUCCUGCUCGCCUUCCCGCCAUACUCCAGAAUCUGCAAGGUCGCCAUCUCAACGACGCUGACCUUCUCGAGGACCUGAAAGCCCUGCAAUCAAUGGUCGAGGAGUUCCAAAAGACACAAACAACGUUCUCGGAAUACGCCGCAGAGGUCAACUCCGGCCACCUUCGCUGGUCGCCACCCCAUCGUAACCAGGCCUUCUGGAGCGAGAACGCCCGCAAGAUCCUCGAAGAUAACAAGGGCGAGUUGGCCAAGAAGCUCGCUGAGAUUCUCUCAAAGUCCUGGGACAACGACAAGCAGGUGCUGGCUAUUGGCUGCAACGAUGUCGCAUGUCUCGUCAAGGAAGUACCCGAGAAGAGACAGCAAAUGGAAAAGCUUGGACUAAAGGCUCGCGUCAUGGAGCUCAUGCAGCACAGCGACGAAUCCGUGCGUUGGGAGAGUUUGAGAGCAGUAGGUGAAUGGCUCAGAUAUUCCUUUGAGAAAUAG